AUGUCGUCCUCAUCACCAGCCUCCUCAUCGACCUCUGCUCGAGAGAUCCGAGUCUUCCUUCCUCCUUCUACCGCCUCUUCCUCCACUUCUACAUCAACCCCGACGGUCUACCCACCACUUCCCUCGGAGGACCUGAAACCAACGGCAUCCGAACUAUCGCACGCCUUCCGCUCCUCCCCCCUCCUUCGCCCGGGACCCGAUGCCCCACUGCUCACCCGCGCGCUUCGCGAAAAGGAAGAAGCGCGUCUCGGCCUUCACUCCUCCCGCGCCCGCUCCUACCCAUCCAUCCGCAUCCGCAUUCGCUUUUCCGAUAGAACCAUGAUCGAAUCCACCUUUGACGAAACCGAUACCAUCGACUCUGUCUACUCCCUCCUCCACGAUGCGCUCGACGAAGACGCCAAGCGGAAGAAUGUGGUGAUCUAUACAAGUCCUCCCAGAGUAGAGUAUAGAAAAGACGAUAAGAAGUGGAAGGGGAAAAGUUUGAGGGAGUUGGGGUUGAUACCCAGUGCAGUGGUGAAUGUUAGGUGGGAUGAUGCAGAGAUGAAUUCGGGAGCGUACGGGGCGCCGUUGAGGAAGGAUUUGUUGGAAAAGGCGGUACCGCUACCUGUGCCGGUACAGGCUGUAGAAGCGAAAGUGGAAGGGCAAGCGGAAGGCGCGGCAGCAGCAGAGGGAAAGCAGACGAAACCAGUACCCAAGUGGUUGAAGAACAUUAAAAGUGAUUACGAGGAGAGACAGGAGCCUUCGAAACGUCAACGUCUUACGCCGCCGUCGGAGCAGAGAGCGAGCAAUUCGAAUGGGGUGCAUCACGGCGAGUCGUCGGAUAUGCAGCUCGACUAG